GAAGUGGCUGCUUCGUUGGCCCUGGCGCCUCGGCUGGUGCAUCUGGUGACCGGCGGUGUCGUUUCGCGGGGAAACUGAGGCUGAGGUCCCGCUGGACCCUGACGUCCCCCGUGACGUGGGGUCUCGCAGACGGGAGGUCGGGGCGGGGCAGUCCCGGGGGGCGGCGCGGGGGACUGUCCCCGCAGCAGGGCUCCGGCGGGUGCGUAGGAGUUCGCGGGCGGAGGCGCGGCCGGAGCAAAGCCGAGAGGUGGACGCGCCGGUCAGCCCUCCGUCUGCCCCGCGGAGAUGGGCUCCAGGGCCAAGAAGCGUGUGGUGCUGCCCACCCGCCCGGCGCCCCCCACCGUGGAGCAGAUCCUGGAGGACGUGCGGGGGGCGCCGGCCACCGACCCCGUCUUCAGCGCCUUAGCCCCGGAAGACUCUGCAGGCCCUGCUGGGAAGGCCGAGGACACCAAAGUGCAGCGGGAGCGGCUGUACCAGCAGAGCCAGGCCUACGUGGCUGCCAACCAGCGGCUGCAGCAGGCAGGAGAAACGCUACAGCGCAAGUGUGAAGACCUGCGACAGGCGGGUGUGGAGCUGGAGAGGGGCGUCAGCCAGGUGGCACAGACGGCGCUGCCCACGGCCACCGCCUCAGGCUGACCCACCCACCGGCUCCCUGGCCCCUGGAGGAGCAGGGAGAAGCUGGUGGUGCGUUCCAGGACACCCCCAUUCCCUUCACUGGGUAUGGCCCAGGCCAUGGCGAGAAAGCAGAACAGCCAGCUCUCCAUUUUGUGAAUUAUCCAGGACACAUUUGUUCACAUGCCGCCCGCGCCCUCCUGACCCAGCAGGCACCCGAGCACCACCCCUGGUGGAAUCUCGGCCUUGCCCCGGCACAACACCCAACCCACCUCGGACACAGCCCCUCCCAGCGGGCCAGGUCAGGGCUGCUCACUGGGACCUCCGACACCACGGUCAAGUCUGUGUGGUGGCUCUGGCUCCCUGCACCGUCCUCUGUCACGUGCGCAGCCUUGGUGCUCGUGCUCUGCUGAUCUGUGGGGGCACCAAUUCUGGCUGCCCCAGCUUGGCCAACUUCUCAUCCUUUAAGACACCUCCGCUGGGCCCCAGGCGGCUCCAGCGCUGUGCUCCGCACCCAUGCCUCUGUCUGCAUACGCCAUCACUAUCGCCUGUGGAAACGGCAUUGACAUGUUGGGCGCCCCAGACCAAGCUCCCCUAGCCGUGGGCGUUCAGAAGGUGCCAAGCUUGGCUCUUCACGGCAGUGGUCACUGUGGCCCCACAGAGCCCCUGUGUCAUGGGCAUCCCCCCUUCCCCCCAGCUGCCUGUGUGGGUGCUGAUGGCUCAAGGUGCCCUGGCCCUAAGGGGUGCCCAGCCAGGUUUGCUUCUCCCUGUCUCCAACUGUCAGGGGGACAGACACCCACCCCCUUGUCUGCAGAUGGGAAUGAUCGUCCCUGAGUGCUGAUCAUGACCCAGAGCUCCUGGUGGGGUCAGCUCUGCCCCCUGACCCACCCCAGAGCCCUCCCUGCCUUCUGUAUUUUCCCUCCAUAAACCCACACACUGGACCCUGCUCUUGGGCUCUGCUUCUGGGGACCUGACCUGAGACUUGUACUCAGUGAACACAGUCACUUUGGAAUCUUGGAGAAGCAGCACUCCAAUGGACGGAGCUAUGUGGGAGAAGCUGUGGGUCUGAGCUGUGUAGGGGGUGGACUGUACUGGGCGCUGUUGCCCCUCCUGUGGCUGCAGGUGGCUGGAGGCUGCUCCCUGCUCUGGAUGGCAGAGCUGCCUCACGUGGACGCCUGUUAUUUUAUAGUCCCCUCCCCCGGGGGCGGGCUGAAGCCAGUGACUGACAGAUAUGGGGGGAUGAAAUCUGGCCCGAGACCCAUGGUGGAGGUAACUCCUGGGUGCAGUUCAUACUCCAGGGCUCCCGUGGGAUCAGGCUGAGGCUGCCUAGCUCCUUUCCUUCUCAUCCCACUUCCCUUCUCCCAAAGCACCCCAAUAAAUCCUGUCACCUGAAUCUGCUCCUUGGGCUCUACUUCUAGGACCCCACCUAAGACAGGGAUAAAACCACCAACGAGUAAGGACUUGACAGUGUCUGGCAUACAGCAGGUACCCAUAACGUUGUCUUUGGUGACCCACGGGCAGAGGGUCACGCACCCCCCAGCGGCCUGGACAGCUUUCCGCCGCAGGGUACCCACUCACCGUGCCAGGAAGCGGCCCGAGGACUGAGGCUAGGGCAGCCACUGCUCACUGCAGUUGACCGUGGUGGACUCUGCUUCUAGGUACCUAGGUCUCAGUGAAGCGUUCACACCUGGCCGGUGAACAGGAUGGUAGGUGCAGUGGAAUUCACCCAACCCCGCCCUCUGCCGGUCGUGUGAACAAACAGGUCUGAGAAGUCAGGACUGGCGGUCGAUUCAACAGCGUGUUUAUUAAAGGUGCAUAGGA